CCUAUGUCCAAACAUUAGUACAAAUCACUAUAAACAUUAUUAACGUUCAUUAAUCUUACAUCGGCAUACAGUAAUCAAUCAUGAGGCAGUUAUUUCGCUAUAUUUAGUUUUUAAGACGAUCACGUGUCGUCAAUUCUUCGGAUGUGGUUAAACAAAGCCGGGAUUAGUUGAUGUCCCGGAUUGAGCUAGCUGGAUAAGUUGUAGCUGAAUGAUUUUCUGUUCUUUCGCGCAUAUCUCGGAUUUAAAUAACCCGACUGUUGCUUAUUAACAUAAUUGCACGGCCGUGUGAGUAUUCACAAAUUAGCUCCACGGUGAUCUGAUAAUGUAUGAUGGCUAAACAGCGUGCGGUUUACUUCAGUGCUGCUGAGCUGCAACUUCUAAUGGAGGGAUAUGAAGAAGUUAGAGAGUUAAUAAAAACUAAAGGAAAUACUAUAGCGGCUGCAAAAGUCCGACAGGAUGCGUGGCGAAAAAUAGCUGCGAAAUUAAAUGCGUCUAAUAUGGGACCCAAAAGGACGUGGCAGCAAGUUAAGGUGAAAUAUAAGAACGUCAUCCAAGGUGUAAAUAAGAGAAAGGCUGCAAUGAAGAGGACAGGAGGGGACCCACUCCCAACAAAAGAGGAGUACAUAGCUGAAGAGGAGAAUGAUUUGGAUGCCCCUAUCAUAGAGAGUAUAGUUGGAGGAUGCUGCUCUGAUCCAGGAGAUGUGGCGAGCUGCAGCAGUUAUGUCAGAGUGACUGAACAUGGAUUGACACUACUUCAGCCACCUACAUUAUCGGAAGAAGAGCAAGAGGAGCCUGAACCUGUGGAUGAUGUUAAGGUUCUAUACAAGAAAUAUCUACAAGCAGAGAUCUCCAACAGAAGGCAAGAAAUGGCGUACAGGGCCUUAAAAAUGCGAAAAGUACAGAAGGAGAUAGAGUUGUUGGACAGAAAAUUGGCAGCUGAUCCUUGACGAGCAAUAAAGAUUUAUUUUCGUAUGUCUGCUGUGCUUCUGACAGUAUUGAAAAUGUUAUAAUAUUUGUUUCUAGAUUUCAUUGACAUUCAUGACAUUCCACAAAAGGACAUCACAAUUGCUUGUGUAGGUUAGGUAAAUUAGAGUAACUAAAUUGCCCUUUAGUCUUGUAGUGUCCUGUGAUGGUUUGGCCCAAGAUGCUGGGAUAGACUCGAGCCCUUCUGUGACCCAGGACAAGCGGGUUUUGUAGCUUACAGCAGUAGAUGCAUGGGUAAAUCCAGGUAACCCGCAUGACAGAUAGACUCAUUGGUUCCAAGGGAUUUUGUUCUGGGCAUUUGCUUUGUAUAAAGUAUGAGUGACUAUGUUAUUAUACUAGUAAGUAAUAGAUACAUUUAAAUAAUAUUAUGGUUAUUCAUAAAAUGUCACCCUGGAUCACAAAACCAGCACGGGUAUAAUAGUAGCAAUAGCCAAAAAUACAUUGUAUGCCUCAAAAUUAAUUUUUUUAUGCCAAAAAUCAUUCGAAUAUUAAGUAACGAUCAUGUUUUAUGAAAAUUUUUGUGAAUUUUCUACCAUAUUUAUCAUUAGUAAUAUGUGUUGCUAACAUUUUGCCACAUUACAUGUGAUUUCUCAAUCUUUACAUUUUUGCAGAUUACAGAUUUUCAAAUUGUUGUAUUUCAGCCAAAUAUUGUCCUAACAAAUCAUACACAUUAUAUUCAGCUUUCAGGUGACGUAUAAGUCUCAAUUAAAGAAAUUGACUCUUAUAUUUUAGGAGGAGUAAUAUAAAAGUAGCUAAUAACAACCAAAUUGUCAACCAAUGUGUUAUUUAGAAAUGAAACAUUUUACAAACCAUAUAUAAGGCAAACAAAUCACAAAUGAUAUAUGUUAUUGAAUUAUUGACACAGUUGUUUUGGACAUUUCUACCGUACAUACCUAAACCAAGACAUCAUAUUUAUCAAGUUACAGAGGUUUAACAAGGCUUACCAAGACAUCCACACUGGAUCCUUGUGCAGAGUUUUUAAAACAAACAAAAAAUCAUAAACACAGAUGACACACAAAAACAAACUUGGACAACAAGAAACACACUGGAUUACAAGAAACAGCAACCUUAUGAACACAAUCAGUGAUUACAAACAAGUGCAAACAAUUACAGUCAGUAAACAUUGUGAUGACCUCUAGUGGUUAAUGGACAACUUAAAAAUGGACAACAAACUUCUACUGGAGCCAGUCUAGCAUGUGCUAUAUGCUAAAACAUACCUCAAACCUUAGUAACUUGCAGAAAGAUUAAUAAAGAAGGACGAAUAUUUGCCCCUUUGAACUUGAACAUGUCUUCUUUCAUUUAACCACAAGUAUAUUUAUUCAAUGUAAUGGUUUGUUUGUGUGAGACAGAAAAAGGACUCCAGCAUUUUAGGCUUCUCAUCCAUCGUCAAUGUAUAUCUCCUGCAGUCCUAUAAAUUGAGAGAUUAUCCUGAGAUGGGACCAGUAUGCAGCUUGAGCUAUUUAUCUUAUACAGACCCCAGGCAAUGUAUGUAUCUUGUAAUGCUUUUCUGUAAACAUUUUUUCUUAUAUGGCUGUCCAGAUAAGAUUUGUGACUCAUUAUCAGACUGUGACAAUUACCCCGCAGCCAUGUGCCCCAUACAACUGGAAACAAUUGAUUCAUAUGCAUUUCCCCAAAAUGAAAUAGUUAAAUCUAUGGACAGCUCCUUGGAGCCAUUUUAACAUUUUCUAGAAAUAUUUACCAAGCGCAGAUAAAAACCUGAUACUUUUUGACAAAUGUUUUUUCAUCUUUUAGCACCAAUGAAUUAUUUUCCAAUAAAUUGAAAAAAGCAUGUUUUUAAACGUAAAUUUGACAGCACCUUGUGCAAAAAAAGAGUGUUCAUACAAGUGAUGUAAAUUACUUUUUUUAUAUUAUAUUAUUCAAAGUAUAGAUACAACACAAAUACACAGCACCGUUUUACUAAAAUGACAAAAUAUUCACAAUUGCACCACGUAAAACAUUACUUUACAGAAGCUUCUAGCUUCUGAGAAUUUAUACAGAAAUACACACUUACAAACUUUUCUACUUAAUGUCUCACAGACACAAUUUUUU